UAUCUAUAAAAGCUAGCCAAAGGUGAUGACUCUCGCUCUCUCCCAUGGUUCUUUCCACAUUAUUUAGUGGAGACGACUUGCUUUCUUGUACUGUCAGGCACUAUUAUAUUUUUGGAACCGUUCGCAAGGAUCGUUGAGCUGCAGAUACACCACCAAGCUAAGGACGACGACGGGCAGAAUGGAGGAGGACUCGGGCCUGUUUAUGCAGUGGGCGAUGGACACGCUGCGGCACGCCGCCAUCAGCAACAACGACUGCAGCGAGGCAACGACCUUCCCCUCGCUCCAAGCGCUCCGGGAGGCCUCGCACGCGGCCGAAAUGGUCCAGGAGCUCAUCUCGGCAGCGCCGGCGAGCAGCUGGAGCUCCGGCGACACCACCGACGGCAGCAGCGGAGGCAACAACCCGCCCAGCGCGGCCAUGGAUCACGAUGCCUGGCCGCCGACGCCCAACUCCGCCAGGCGCGCACCCGCCGCACCGACGCUGGCCAGAAGCAGCAGCAGCACCAACCUUCCGGUGAGCUGGAACUUCGGCGCCGCCUCGGCGCCGCCGGGCAGCGACGGCAUGCUGCCGGCGGAGGCGGAGGCCGCCCCCACGCACCGCCUGCCGGACAUAGUGUGCGGGUCGCCACCGACGAGGAGAGCAGGUGUAAAGGGCGCGGCGGGAUCCAUGUCGACGCCGUACGCUCAAGACCACAUCAUCGCGGAGCGGAAGCGGCGGGAGAAGAUCAACCAACGCUUCAUCGAGCUCUCCACCGUCAUCCCCGGCCUCAAGAAGAUGGACAAGGCGACGAUCCUUUCUGAAGCGACCAAGUACGUCAAGGAGCUUCAAGAAAAGCUCAGAGACCUGGAGGCUGGCGGCAGCAACGGCAGGAGCAUUGUCGAGACCGUGGUGCUCGUCAAGAGGCCAUGCCGCCAUGAUGCGGCCAAGCCGGACGAAGAUGGCUCCCCGUUGUCAGCGUCAUCAGCCGCGCCUGCGGCGAGGAAGCAGCUGCCGGAGAUCGAGGCCCGGUUCUCGGAUAAGAGCGUCAUGGUGAGGAUCAACUGCGAGGACGGCAAGGGGGUGGUCGUGAAGGUGCUCACCGAGGUCGAGGAGCUCCGCCUCAGUAUCACCCACGCCAAUGUCAUGCCGUUCCCGGCGGGCACUCUGAUCAUAACCAUUACAGCAAAGGUGGAGGAGGGGUUCACCGUAAAUGCAGAGGACAUCGUUGGCAGACUCAAUUCUGCAUUACUGCACCAGCAUCAUAGCAGCUGUAACAGCACAGAUGAGGAAACAGGAAACUAGUUAAUUAAAGGCUUGGUCUUGCGCAUAUAAAAAAAUAUCUACGGCUGUGGGAACAGUAAUAAUGCUUGAGUGUUUAUUUUUCUUAUUCUUUUUUUUUGUAACAAUUCAUGGCUUGAGAUUUUUUUUUCCUUUGCCACGACGUCCCUUCAAGUAGCGUGCAUGCAACAAUCCAUGCACACUGUGUAAGUGGUGAUGACCACCACAUGCGCACUAGUGGAUGCUCGAGACGAGCAUUUCUGCACCACAUGUUUCAAGUUUGCAACACGAGCCAGAUAUAUCCAGGCAUCAACAUCAUGCAGAUGGCAGGUGUUAUUGUCACGAAAAGGUCCUCAUCAAGAUCAAAUCAGAUGGUCGUCUCCAGUGAAAUAAAGCAUGCAUGCAUGUACCAUCAAGUACGGUCUGCAAGCAAGUUGUCAAGUUGAUUUGAACCAAGCUUGGCUUAAUGCUUGUAAAAAUAUAUGUAUCCAUGUGCUACUACCACUGUUCGUGAUUCUAU